AUGUCAGGCAAAGGUUUCCGGUCUGAUAUGCAACUGAACGAGCGUAUAGCUGCAAUCCGUGAGAACAACGACCGAAUUGAAAGUAGGCAUCGGGAAAUAGAAUUGGACAAGAAACGUGCAGCUGACACCGGUAGUUUGAUUCUUCCUUCACAAAUCCGGGAUUCGACCUACAACUAUCAGCCCCAAUUCUCUGGCAACCGUUCGAAAUGUUCUGGGGUUGCUUCUGGUGGUCAUGCACGUGAAGCCGACGGCUUUUCAACAGAGUAUUUCCGCUUUGUGGAAAUCGACCACCAGGUUGGAAGGAAAAAACCUCAGAGGCAGCAACGGAACCAAAACAAUCGCACGAAAUUUGGCUACCAUCCAAACCAACGGUAUGGAAACGACAGCAGUCAACAUCCUUCUAACCAAUCACAGCCAACCCUGAGCAGCGCCAAGUCGCUGCCUUCACUGGACCCAACAGCCCUUCGUCCGAGCUCUCAUUACUCGCAGCAGGCAUCACAGAACCACAGUUGCGCCAGCCGUCCACGCCAGCCCCUGCCUCCACGCUUCCGCAACCUCGCCAACAGGAAUCGUGCGCAGAUGGCGCAGCGUCCAGACGAUCCGGUCUGCUGCUGCGCCCAGUCGGUCGGCGGUCAGUUGCGUGGACGUCGGAAGGCGCACAGUCCCACGGCGGGCGAGAGGCAGUCCUCGGUGAUGUGGCCCCCACCACCGCCUCCGAAGGACAAGUCGGGCCACUGGAUUCGCGGGAGGGUGAUUCGUAGUGAAGCUCACAAAACAUCGGAACGACCUCAGGUAGCGGCUGUUGGAACUCAGUCGGACGACUUGCCUGAAGCGCCUUCGACUAGCCACCGAAAUAUUGGCAGUCCCUUUGUCAACGACCUCGACGACGUCGACAACGACGACGACGACGGCUACAUUGACGACAACCCACUAGACGAUCUCGACCAGUUCACGCUUAAGAUCGACAUGGACGGUGGCUUUAUUGUGCACGACGCCACCAUCUGUGAUCCGAUUCUCUCCAAGCCCAUCAGUUCGUGGAUUGACGAGGAAGACUCCCCCGAACCCCAGCAACCUCCACCGACAGCGGAGACGCGUGUCAGGAGGAAUUCAACCAAAGAUGUUUCGGCAUCUCUCCCGCUGGAUGUGGAGUGCUGCAUCUUCUCAAAUUCCUCACUGACUACCUCCGGAGUGUCCACUCUCUCCAGUCUGGAUUGUCGCCUGUUGGAUGACGGUGUAACCGCACCGAUUCAACGAUCGCUCAGCGCCGACCAACUAGACAAGGCUUCCAGAAUCAUCGGGGCUGCCUCCAAGCCAUGUAAGUACUCAAUUAUGAUCGCUCGGUUGCUGGAAACUUCUAAAAUUUGCGCUCCGGAUGCUUCAUGCAUCAGUGCUCUGAUUCAGGAAUACGUCGAAAUUAGCGCUCCAAAUUGCCGGCCCGACUUUGCUUGGUCGAACCCUCUCUGA